AUGACCCUCGGCAACAAGCAGGCACUUUCCAGGCGGGAAGGGACUCCUCGGCGCCCUGCCCCGCCGGCAGCUCUCACAACUCGUCCCGCAGGUCCCGCUGCUCCUUUCAGCGGAACCGUGCCGGAGCUGGAGAUACUGGGGGCUCGGUGCCGCCCACCUCGCUCCUCGCCCCUUAACGUAAGCAAACGCCGGAGGGACGGAGCCUCUCCUUCCCUCCCGUUCGCCCCCAAUCCGGACCCGCCCCGGGGAGCCCUCCCGAGGCCCCGGAGGCCCAGCCCUGCCCCGGCACCACCCUUCCCCGCGGAGGCUGGGUGCGGCGGCGCGGCAUGCCCGCGCUACGGGGAGCCCGGGGAGGAGGGGGACGGGAAGGGACGAAGCCGGAGAUGCCACCCACGCCUACCGGGACCGGCCACUCCCGGCGGACCCCAGUGCUCGCAACCCCGAGGCGGGACCGCACCCCUAACUCGCCCACCGCCCCAGGGCUGUGUCCCGGCGGGGCCCCUCCGUCCGCGGCCGGAGCCGGCGCCCCGGCGGGAAGCACAGCCCCGGUGGCGGAGCUUUACCUGCUGGCAGGGUCGCGGCACCGUUCCUGGCCGGGCUGGGGCCGCUGCUGGCGGCGACGCCCGCGGCCGCCUCAGCUCUCACCCCCGCUGCGGCUGGGUUCUCCCCGCCGAGCACCGCCCCCUUCCUCCCGGCGCUGCGGCGCGGUGGUGCCGCCCAUCCUCCCCCCCCGCCCCGGGAUGGGGCCGUCCGCCAGGGGCGGGGCGGGGGGUCGGCGGGCGCGGGGCGGCUGCGGCGCUCCCGGGGCGGCCCCACCAAGUUCUAUCGGGGGGCGGUGGCGGGAGAAGGCGGAGAGGGCGCCGCUGUUUCCCGCCGGUGCGGCCCUCCCCGUGUACGGAGAGCUCCGCGCCCCCUUGGCGGUGGGGCCGAGCUCUCCCCUGGGCUCCGCCGCCCGAGCAGACCUGCUCGGGGCGGAAAGCGCGGCGGAACCUCGCGGCCGCCACCCGCCCGCAGCCACACUCCUCCGGGAUGUGUACGGCCGACACUGCGCGGGGGCGGCCAGCGCUGCCGCCGGACCAGGAAGUGCGGCCCGCGGCCCCUCCAGCCCUGCACAGCCGCGCCGCGCCCGGCCGAGGCUUCCCGGCACCGGGACGGCGGAGGGGGCGCCGCGGGCCGUCCCGGAGGACCAGCCACCGCCCUCAGGCGGCCCCCCUUGAGCCCCAGAGGACGGGCACGGCCGCUCGCCAGCCCGUCUUCGCUCCCCGCCGGCAGGAGCCUGGCUCCGCGGGCCUCCUCCAUCCCGCCGCGGCCCGGGCGGGAAAUACCUUCGGGCUCUCCGCCGCCGGGUAA